CACAAAGCACAACAGCUAGCUGCAACCACAAGUAGGCUGUAAUGGCGAGGCAUCGCCUCCUUGCCGUGCUCCUCAUCGGGAUAGUUGCAGCCUCCACCUUCAACCAAGCAGCUGCGGCUGGCCGAGGCCUUGCCGUUGUCGAGAAAUUUGCAGAGCUAGAGCCAAAGCCAGAAUCCAAACCAGAGCCAAUGCCCAAACCUAUGCCACACACAGAGCCAGAACCAUGCAAACCUGAACCGACGCCCAAACCCAAACCAAAGCCCGGACAGAAGCCUGAACCAGAACCCAAGCCCAAGCCGAUGCCAAAACCGAAGCCCGAGCCCUGCUCCAAACCAAAGCCGGGGCCUAAGCCCGAGCCGAUGCCAAAACCUGAACCAAAGUCGGAGCCCAAGCCUAAACCUGAACCGAAACCAAAGCCGCCUCCAAAGUGCAAACCACCAACAACUCACAAUUGAUGGGAUACUAUAUACGAGAGUUGAUGGAGGAGACCCCGCACGGAGCCACACUAUGCUAUUUCUAGAAUAAGUGGUGUAGUAUUCCUUGUGUUCCAUUUCUUUCUAUUUUCCCAUGUGAGCGUGAUGAGUACUAGUAGUGUGUAAUUACUAUUUGGUUGUUGGUAUAUGUUCAUCUACUUUGUAUGUGACUUGACUCGCGUUGUUCUUUUGAGUAUCUACGCAUGAUUGUAUUCAUUCACAUGAAUGAGCUAUUUUGUCAGUGGACUGCAGUCUGCUGUUUUUCCUAUGGGUUGCAA